AUGGCCAAGUGGCAUGGCCUUCAACAAGUGGCAAGGCUUUUCAACAAAUGUCAAAACCUUCAACAAGUGGCGAGGCCUUUCAAGUUUCAACGAAUUACUUCUAAAUUGAAACUAUGUGGAGAUAGUAUCACUGACUAUGAUAUGCUUGAAAAAACGUUCACAACGUUUCAUGCCUCUAAUAUUGUCCUGCAACAGCAGUACAGAGAGAAAUGUUUCAAGAAGUACUCUGAGUUGAUUUCUCUUCUCCUUGUAGCUGAACAAAAUAAUGACUUGCUCAUGAGAAAUCACGAUAAUCGACCCACUGCGUCUACACCAUUUCCUGAAGUGGAUAAGGUGUAUUCCUAUUAUGCUAAGCGCGGAAAAGAUCGUGGCCCUAUUUGUGGUCGUGGCCGUGGCCAAGGAAGGAAUUUUACUGGUGUUAAUCCUCCCCCAAAGAAAAAUAACCACCAAAAGUGGAAAGUAAAUAAUGAGAAGCCAAAGGCAAAAGGUUUAGAAACUGAAUGCUAUCGUUGCGGUGGAAAAGGACAUUGA